AUGAGUAAUUCAAUCGCUAAAAUAAAUAAUAAAAAAGAGUUAUUGGAGGUGAAUAAAAUCGUGAACUCAGUCAAAAUGUUUAUCAAUUCUUUCUUAAAUUAGGAUUUAAUUGCAUAGGCAGCAGAACGUAGAUUAUAAAACUACGAAAAAAGAGGUUUGACACCAUAAUCAUAAGUUGAAUUCGAAUAAAAAAGGUAAAAGUAGGAAGAAGCUGAAUAAUACAAGAAAGAAGGUAGAUCAUAAAACUGUAAAUGGGAUUGA